CUCGCCUCAAACCUCAAUUCGACAAAUCCAUCUCCCGCUCCACCCAAAACCCCUCGUCCUCUCUCCCGGCGACAAUGGCGGCGGCGGCGGCGCCGCUCGCCGACGACGGCGACGGGAUCGUAGACCGUGACAUGUGGCUCGCAUGCGCCGCCCCGAACUCCGGCCGCCUCCCCGCCGUCGGCUCGGUGGUCUUCUACUUCGUCGACGGCCACGCCGCUCAGUUUUGCCAGUUCCCCGCCCCUCUCCUGGAGCAGCUCGCCGUCCCCGGCCCCCGCGUCUUCCUCUGUACGGUGGCCGCCGUCCGCCUCCGCGCCGACGCCCUCACCAAUGAGGCCUACGCCGAGAUCACCCUCGACCCGGUCGCCGACCACGACGUCCCGCGCCUGGCCCCCGCUCCCGCUCCCGCACCCGCCGCCGCCGCCGGUGGCCAGCAGUUGCGUUACUUCGUCAAGACGCUGAUGAUUUCCGACUUCGACUUCCGCAUCCGCUUCUCCGCCCCCAUGGCUGACGCCAAAGGCGUCUUCCCGCCGCUGGUCGACGCCAAAGCGGUCCAGCCCCUCCUCGUCAAGGACCUCCAUGGAUCUCCGAUGACGUUCGACUACGGCAGGAAGGGCAAGAGAGUCACGCUCGCCAAGGUCUGGAAGAAAUUUCGGGACGACAUGGACUUCGUCGACGGAGACAGCGUCAUCUUCAUGCGUCGCCGCGACGACGACGACGACGACGGCGAGCUGUACGUCGGGGUGCGGCGCCAGCGCACGCUCGAAAGGCCACUCAGGAAUACGAUGCGCCGGUACAGGCCUCCGACCCCGCCCCAGGCGGCCGUGCAGGAGGCGGUACUAGCCGCGGCGGGUCACGCGGCGGCCGGCGAGCGGUUCACGGUGGCGUACCGGUCGCGGAAGGACGGCGACGAGUUCGUCGUGCCACGCGAGGCGGUGGAGGAGGGGCUCCGCGCCAGACUCACCUCGCUGGCGGAGGUGGAGUUUGUGUGGGCCGUCGAGGACGGCGCGCCGCCCAUCGUCGGGCCACGGGGCAAGGUCACCGCCAUUGCCACCGGACAGCUGUGGCGAAAUCUCGAGAUUGUAUGGGAUGGAAACUCGGAGAUGGACAUGAGUGCCAACUUUUGGCAAGUUCGACCUGUUGAGGAAGUUGAUAUUUCUCCUUCUACUCCUCCUCCGAAGAGGCUCAAGAAUUGUGAGAUUGAUGAUACCGCCUCUACUUCUGUUUCCGUCGACAAUGGAGAUGAGCAAGUUCCAACGAUGAGGCAACGGCUAGAGGCGCUGAUUCCUGAUAACAUCUGAGGCCAAGUACACCUGCUUGUGACUAACUCAAGUAAAAAUUAGUUCUGUCACUUGCGAGUUGUGACUUUGUGAGAUUGGGUCCGUCAUGAAUCAGCUUUGGUCUGCAUUUAGUUUGAAGGUUAUUCCGAAUAGUUUCAAAAUUCGGGGAACAAGUUUGCAGUGUUAAAUGUCCAUUCUAAAUCUGACGGAAUUGGAAAAUGGUGUACCUGAAAUCUGA